AUGUCUUUCCAAAAGCCCGAGAAGGAUUUCGGCGAAGGCCCAAAAAUCCACAAGAUCCGUAUCACCCUCACCUCCCGCAAGGUCGCUUCGCUGGAAAAGGUCUGCCAGGAGCUCAUUGAGCGUGCCCGCUCAAAGUCCCUUGAGGUCAAGGGCCCCGUCAGACUCCCUACGAAGACCCUGACGAUCUCCACCCGCAAGACCCCUUGCGGUGAGGGUUCCAAGACUUGGGAUAGAUUUGAAAUGCGCAUUCACAAGCGUUUGAUUGAUCUGAACGCUCCAACCGAGACCGUGAAACAGAUCAUUAUCAACAUUGAGGCUGGUGUUGAGGUUGAGGUGACCAUUGCUGCAUAA